AUGGGGGCAAGGCCCUCCAGCCCCCUGGACAAAAGGCAGCAGCAACAGCUGAGGGGUCAGGUGGACGCGCUGCUGAGGAAUUUCCUGCCCUGUUACCGCCGGCAGCUCGCCGUUGCGGUGCUGAGGCAGGUCUCGGGGGAGCUGGGUCCCCGGGAGCCGGCCGGAUGCCAGCUGACCCGCAGCAAGAAGCUGCCUCGAGUCCGGGAGCACCGAGGACCCCUGAUGCAGCUGAGGGGCCACCCCCCUCAGUGGCAGCCCGUCUUCUGUGUCCUUCGUGGGGACGGUCGUCUGGAGUGGUUCCAACACAAAGAGGUGUUCGAAGCUGGCGGCCAGCCCCUGGGCUCGGCGGCGCUGACCGGGUACACUUUGCUCUCCUCCGGGCAUGAGCAUCUCCACCGUUUGGACCAGCUACACCCACACGCCCCAGGUGACCCCACACACACAGAGCCUGCCCCCAUCUUGGGGGAGGCGGUGAGCUUCCCCCUUUUCCUCCAGCACCCCUUCCGCACUCUCCUCUGUUUCUCAGCGGACACCCGGGAGGCCCAGCGCGGCUGGAAGCAUGCCCUGCAGGGUGGUAUCCGGCUUCGGGGCACAGUCCUGCAGCGCAGCCAGGUUCCCGCGGCCCACGCCUUCCUGGACGCCGUCCGGCUGUACCGGCAGCGCCUGGGCCACUAUGGCGACGACGACGUGACCCUGGGCUCGGACGCGGAGGUACUGACGGCCGUGCUCAUGCGGGAGCUGCUGCGGGCCUGGCAAGCUGAGACCCCGGCGGGUCUGCAGGGAGCGGGCGGCUCCGGGGCCCCUGCCGAGGUGCGCGGGGCGCCCGGGUGGCAGCGGCGCCUGGAGGUCGCGUACGCCGUCGUGCUGGCCCGCACCUCCGCGGGACUCCGCGCCUUCCAGCCGGAGAAGGACGAGCUGCUCGCAACCCUGGAGAGGGCGAUCCGCCGCGACUUGGAGCCGGUGCAGCGCCAGCGCGCGCUCGCCGCCGCAGGGCUGCUAGUCCAGGUCCAAGGCCCUCUGGAGGUGUGCCUGCGCCAGGAGGUGGACGCGAAGCUGGCCCCACUCACACAGGCGCUGCUGAGCCCCCUGGAAGCGUCGCUAGGGGCGGUGCGGACCCUCCUGGCCCGAGGUAUGGACCAGCUGUCCUGCCACUUGCGCAGGAACCCCUCGGGCAGGCGGCUGCGCAGGGAGGUUUAUACAUUUGGGGAGAUACCAUGGGACCCAGGGCUGAUGCAGGCUUGCUACCGGGAGCCCCAGAGGAGUCUGUGUCGUCUCCAGCCGCUGGUCGCGCAGUUUGGUUUUUUGGGAAUACAGAGCCUGGUGUUUGGGGCCCAGGAUCUCGCCCAGCAGCUCAUGGCGGACGCUGUAGCCACUUUCCUGCAACUAGCGGAUGAGUGUCUGACCUCAGCUCUGGACUGUAACCAAGCAGUUCAGCAGCUGGAGAAAGUCCAGGGGCUGGUGCUAAAGAAGCUGGCCUCUGACAGUGAGUCUGCCCGGCAGAGGUACAUGCGGGACUGGCUGCUUAGAAUCUUCUCACCCUUCCUGCAGAGCCAGCUCAGGCCAUGCUGCAAAGUGGAGCUGCCUGAGGUCGAGGGCGUGAUCCAGGCUGCAGGCUGCCAGGCUCUCACCACUGAGGGUGUCUAUGAAGAUGUUCUCCGUGGAGUGUUGCUGCAGAGGAUUGACAGAGAGUUGAAAAAGACCUUGGGCACUGGUAACAGUGACUGUGACAUAACUUGUUCUCUGGCUGUGGGACCAGGAGGCAGCAGCCACCCCACCCAGCCCAGAGUCCUGUGAUGGGCAGUUGAGAGGUCCUUCCAGGUCCUGCGAGCAGCCUGUGAGCUUGGCCUCUGCCACAUACCUUCUCCAUGCUCUCUAUGUCGGCGAAUAUUCUGUGCCUGAUUCUUGGACAACUGUGUGGUGCCAUU